UCACCAAGUGGCUCAGCGGGGAGUCACUACAACAUGCUCUGAGGAUCAGGGCGGUCCAUGUGAACAACCCACACGCAGGUCUUCAACGUUUGUGGCAACGUCUAGACAAAAGUUUUGGUUCUCCAGAGACAAUAGAGAUGAGAUACCCACCAAGGAGGCUGUGUCGGCUCACCCUCAUCUACACGCACUCGCUUCACAGAUCCCUCCUCUGGACCCAGCCGCGGACAUUCUCCUCCUCUUGGGCCGGGACAUCAUCCAAGCUCACAAGGUUCGCAGUCAGGUAAAUGGUCCAAACAGUGCACCUUAUGCCCAACGCCUUGAUCUGGGAUGGGUGGUUGUAGGUGAUGUCUGCCUCUCGGGGGCCCACAAGCCCACAGUAAACUCUUUUAAGACAGACAUUCUGAAUAACGGGCGCCCUACCUUCCUUAGCCCCUGUGAAAACAAAAUCUACAUCAAAGACAAAUACACAGAAAGCCAUCCCACAUUCCAGAAGACACAAGCGGAAUUAGGCAGACACAUUUUCCAGCAAACAGUAGAUGAUGACAAAAUGGCUCUUUCAGUAGAAGAUGCCUUGUUCCUGGAAAUUAUGCACAGAGACUUUACUAAAGAUGAGGCGAACAAUUGGGUAGCUCCACUCCCAUUCCGCUCCCCCAGACAGCGUUUACCCAACAAUAGGGACCAAGCCCUCAGUCGCUUAAUGUCGCUCCGCAAAACGCUGAAAAAGAAACCUGAAAUGAAGGAACAUUACAUUGAGUUUUUGGACAAAACUUUCAGUAAGGGCCACGCUGAACCAGCUCCAGCUCUAGCUCCAGAACAAGAAUGCUGGUAUCUCCCUAGUUUUGGCAUUUACCACCCUCAGAAGCCAGGAAAAAUUAGGGUGGUUUUUGAUUCAAGUGCGCAAUACAACAAUGUUUCUCUCAAUGAUGUGCUACUAAAAGGCCCAGAUCUCAAUAAUACUCUUGUGGGAGUGCUGAUGCGUUUCAGGUCCGACCCAUACGCAGUCAUGGCCGAUGUGGAGCAAAUGUUUUACAAUUUUGUUGUCAGAGAAGACCACCGCAACUACCUCCGCUUCUUGUGGUUCAAAAACCAUGAUCUGGAUGGAGAAGUACAGGAAUUCAGGAUGAGAGUCCACGUGUUCGGGAACUGCCCCUCCCCAUCAGUGGCCAUUUAUGGACUGAAACGAACAGCGAUGGAGGGAGAAAAAGAACACGGCAAUGAUGUAAGAGAGUUCAUUGAACGCCACUUUUAUGUGGAUGAUGGACUAAAAUCAUUUCCUUCCGCUGAUGAGGCCAUCAACAUUCUCUGUGGGGCUCAGAAGAUGCUGGCUCAGUGUAACAUACGCCUGCAUAAAAUCUCAUCCAACUGUCCUACCAUCACAAACGCUUUUCCAAGUGAGGACCUUGCAGCUGACAUGCAGGGCCUUGACCUUGGGCAGACACCCAUGCAGCGAAGCUUGGGCUUGGGCUGGGACCUGUCUACAGACUUGUUCAAGUUCCAGAUAACCAUCAAUGAGAAGCCCUUCACUAAGCGUGGAGUAUUGUCAGUCGUUAAUAGUGUGUAUGACCCACUUGGCUUUGCUGUCCCUGUCAUCGUAGAGGGCAGGGUCAUACUCAGAGACAUUUCCACUGACAUUAGUGAAUGGGACGCUGAACUCCCUAAAGACAAAUUACAACAGUGGCAACAGUGGAAACACUCCCUCAAACAUCUACAACAACUUGAGAUUCCCAGAAUGUUCACCUCAAUACCACUCUCUGCGGCAGUAACCAAGGAAAUCCAUGUUUUCUGUGACGCCUCUACCAAGGCAGUGGCUGCUGUUGCCUACCUUAAACUCACAGACAGAGAUGGUCAUAAUGAAGUGGGCUUCCUUCUUGGCAAGGCACGGCUUGCCCCAAAACCAGACAUCACCAUACCCAGACUUGAGCUCUGUGCAGCGGUCCUGGCUGUCGAGGUGGCAGAGUUAGUCGUGGACGAGCUGGACAUCGCAGUUGAUCAGGUGAGCUUCUAUUCAGACUCCAAAGUAGUCCUUGGUUACAUCUUCAACACAACAAGGCGUUUUUAUGUCUAUGUGCACAACAGAGUGGAACGCAUCAGGCGAUCUACACAAGCUCACCAGUGGCAUUAUGUGCCCACUCACUUAAAUCCUGCUGAUCAUGCCACGCGCGCAUUACCGGCGGAGCAGCUUUCUGCCUCCACAUGGCUCAGUGGACCCGCAUUCCUUACCAAGUCAGAAACAGGUCAAUCUCAGGCAGAGUCAUUUGAUCUUGUAGACCCAGAGACUGACAACGAACUGCGUCAUGAGGUAACUUCUUGUGUUACCACUCUCGCAAAGGAUGUUCUCAGUAGUGCCAGAUUCGAAAGGUUUUCAAGUUGGAAUGUACUACUGAAAGCUAUAUCUAAACUCCGACACAUUGUUCAGUCCUUUAAGCAGAACAUAGAAGGCUCCUGCCAGGGCUGGCACAGCUGUAGUGAGCAUUUAACUGAAAAGCAGCUUGAUCAAGCUAAGAUCUUUAUCAUUCGCACCGUCCAAAGAGAAGUCUAUGCAGAUGACAUAAGACAGCUUGAGAACAGUAUGCCCCUCAAAAGGUCAAGCCCACUUAGCAAACUGAACCCAUUUCUCGACACAAAUGGAAUACUCAGAGUGGGUGGGAGACUAAGACGAGCACAGUUGACUUCGGAUGAAACAAAUCCUAUCCUCAUCCCAUCCAAACACCACCUUUCCCAGCUCAUUAUAAGACACUUCCAUGUGAAAGUAUGCCAUCAGGGCAGACAUUUUACUGAAGGGGCAGUCAGAGCUGCAGGCUUUUGGAUUGUGGGAGGAAAAAGAGCAAUAAGCAAAAUGAUAUUCAGCUGCGUGACAUGUCGAAAACUAAGAGGCAGACAGCAGGAACAGAUUAUGGCUGAGCUACCAGAGGAUAGGCUGUCCACUGACCCUCCGUUUACACAUGUAGGGCUUGAUGUGUUCGGGCCCUGGCCUGUCACUGUCAGAAAAACGCGUGGUGGGCAAGCGGACGCAAAGCGAUGGGCAGUCAUAUUUACGUGCAUGAGCACACGGGCCAUUCACAUUGAAGUUAUAGAAUCAAUGGACACGUCGUCAUUCAUCAAUGCCCUGCGUCGUUUUUUUGCCAUCAGAGGUGCAGUCAAACUUCUUAGGUCCGAUUGUGGGACAAAUUUUGUGAGUGCCUGCAAAGAGCUGCAAAUUGACAAACAGGGCUGCUACAACAGCAAACUAAACAGCUUUCUGGAAGACUCUGGCUGCAAAUGGCUUUUCAACCCCCCACAUGCGUCGCACAUGGCUGGCUCCUGGGAGCGCAUGAUUGGGGUCACGCGGAAAAUCCUUGAUGCAAUGCUCCUAGAACACAGGAAUGCAAAGCUUACCCAUGAAAUCCUGGUGACCUUAAUGGCUGAAGUCACUGCAAUAGUGAAUGCUCGUCCGUUAACAGCAGUUUCUGCAGAUCCAGAUAACCCAGUCAUCCUUACCCCUGCCAUGCUGCUCACGCAAAAGGUUACGACCCCACCAAUCCCACCAGGGCAGUUUGGAAACAGUGAUCUGUUCAAAGCUCAAUGGAGGCGCGUACAAUACCUCGCUGAUGUCUUCUGGAGACGAUGGAAAAAAGAAUACAUCUCAGGACUUCAGGACCGCCGCAAAUGGAAAACAGUAAAGCCUAACCUACAAACAGGAGAUGUUGUUCUAUUAAGAGAGACACUUGAACAUAGGAAUAAUUGGCCACUUGGACUCAUCACCAAAACCUUUCCCAGUGAGGAUGGGCUUGUAAGGAAAAUAGAGGUGAAGAUUUUCCGCAAGGGUGAACACAGGUGCUACAUAAGGCCUAUAAGUGAGGUCGUGCUAUUGGUGUCUAAGGAUUGUACUUAAAAGCAGAAACUUUGUUUCAUUGUAUGUCACUUGCUUUUUACAUGUUAGUUGAGAAUGACAUUCCACGGAUGUCAGGCGGGGAGUAUUCUGCCCCUCUGUUGUUACUUCAUUGGGUUUCUUUGGCUGGGGCAUUUCUCAGUUUUCCCACCAGUGGGCAGUAUUACCCCUUGAGUUUUGUGGCUUCUUCUUUGGUUGUUUAGUGUGCGCUACACUGCCCCCUUUUGGUGAUGUGUUAUAAGCAGCAGGCAAAGUUCGCACAGGCAGUGGGAGAAAACGCAUGGAGCAGAAAACAACCUGCACAACUUUAAGCCCAGUUUACAUCGUUGGGGAGUUUGUUGAACCAUAAUCUGUAAGUAAGCACUGUCUAGCUUUAUUUUCUGUAAGAUUUGUUACUUUCAUGUUACUUAAAAGGGUAUUUGAACGUGUAAAGAAAGAUGUUUAUGGUGAAUGUAAAGCAUAAGAAAAGCUAUGUUGCUAACUUGUUUUUGGUUACAAAAUAUGUAAAUACUGAUGCUUACAUAUUAUUUUACUGUA